AUGGCUAACAGGAGGAGGAGGAACACCGCUGGAGCUGAUGACAUAGCUCAGGCGAUCCAUCGUAUGGUGGACGCGAUGCAGCCCAUAGCUGCGCCACCCAGAGCUGUAGUGGCACCUACUCGGCCAAUAGCCAUGGAGGAUUUCAUGAAACACCGGCCGGCCAAGUUCUCUGGCAAGGCCACUCCUGACGAGGCAGAUGCUUGGAUGCGGGAGUGUGAGAAGAUCUGUAGAGUGCUGGGAUGCACAGAUGAGCAGAGGUUGCUAUUUGUCACGUUUCUCCUGGUGGCAGACGCGGAGUAUUGGUGGCAGGGGAUGCAGCAGUUGAUGCAGACCCGAGGGGAGCAAGUGACGUGGACUGCCUUCAGGACGAGGUUCCUGGAGAAGUACUUUCCCGACAGUGCGAGGCACGAACGGGAGGCAGAGUUCCUUACUCUUCAGCAAGGGACUAUGACUGUGGCGGCAUAUAUAGAGAGGUUCGAAUACCUGGCUCGUUUCUACACUCCAGAGGUUACUGAGGAGUGGAGGUGUAGGAGGUUCGAGGGCGGAUUGAAACAUGAGAUACGCCGCUUCAUUGUGCCAAAAAUAAGCAUAAUAUGCACCAUGUAUAACAAUCAUAACAACAUCUAA